AUCCACAGUUUCAUGUCAUGACUCAAUUGUCCUCUAAUGGGAAAAACUAAAAGGGGUUAUCAUGCAAUUUUCCAUUAAAUAUAUACAGAGAGAGAAUCAAGAUUCAAAGAUUGGGAAGGAAAAAAAGAAAAGAAAAGAAAAGCAGAAGAAAGAAACAGCCAACAGGCCCAACACACACGCACAGAUAGAGAGAGACAUACACAGCACAAGUCUCUUGCAAUGCAAUCUCGUCUCUUCUUUCUUUCUUCUUUUUUUCUUAUUCUUCUCUUGUGUUACUUUGCAAAGUAAGAAGAUCCCAAAUUAGUGCCCCUCACAUCACCAACCGCCAUUUCUUGAACUUCAAGACUCUUAUCCAUUAUUAGCAGUCCCCCCAUGUCCCAGUAGUACUCAAUUACCAGAAAGAAAAGAAAGUUGUUGCAUAGAUAGAUAAAGAGGCCAUUAAAGCGAAAUGGAUGUGAGUAGAAGAAGAGCUGGUGUUAAAACUAGUAUAGUUGCAGGUUCUGUUUGGGAAAGCAGAAUGAAGCUUGAUGAAGUUAAAGGUGGAAUCAAAGUUUUCAAUGGAGAAACAAACCACAGUGAAGAUACUAGCACUGGUGAUAGUCCAAGUUCAAGAAAGUUGGUGAAGAGAAGCCCAAUUGGUACUGGUGCUAAAAGAAAGACAUGGAAAUCUGAGAGUUUUGAUGGCCCAAUUCAGAUAGCUAAAGGGAAAACUAAUUCUUCAUCAUCAAUCAAGAAUUGUGAGGAACAGUGUAGAGAGUUGAGUGUUUCUCUGGAUGGUGGAAUCAAUAAAAGCUUAAUGCUUUCAUCAAGAAAAGGAGGAAGAUCUUAUGGAAGCAAUAAAGAGCUAAGUAUGUCUGUUGAUGGAACCGAUAAAAGCUCAAUUCUUGGAAAGAAAUUAAGAUCUGAGGGUGGUGAUGGAAAUGAGAGAAACCCAGUUCAGAUAAGAAAGGCAAGAUCUGAUAUAAAGGAAGUUGUUGAAUCUGGUGCCCAAUUGAGGAAAGUGAAGUCAGAUUCUGUAAAUGGUGGAAACGAUAAGUCAGCAAGUAGUAAUGGUAUUAAUGCAGCUGAUAGUGGGAUUGAGAAGAACUCAGUUAAGGAGUUAAAGAAAGCAAAAUCAGAGACUGAGAAAGUCUUAGAGGAAUCAAUGACUAAAGAUAGUAGUAGCAGUAGUGAUGAUUCUGCAAGUGGAAUUGAGAAAAAACCACCUGAAAUUGAAGAAAAUGGAUCUGAAGAAUCUUGCAAAGAGUUUGGUGUUUGCCAAGAAAAGGUCAUUUCUAGCAACGAAACCAAUGGGGCACUAGCCAACUCCCCUCAAUUCUUGGUGGAUAAUCAAGAUGAUGUGGUUAUUGAUGGUGACGAGGAAUUAGGAGAUGAGGAAGAGGAACAACAAGAAGAAGAAGAAUUAGAUGAUGAAAUGCAAAUUGAGGUUGAGGUAGAGAAGAAAAGUGUAGACAUAAUGGAGAUUAGCAUACCAGAAGAGAAGCCUAAAAUGAAAGUGGAAACAAAAGCAAAAGCACCACCAACACCACAAAAACAGAAGCCCAAUAAUAAGAAACUGGAAUUCAGUACACCCGAACAAGAGCCUAAGAAAGUUAUAGUGAAUGAAGAGAAUAAAAGAGUUUAUCAGUUUAAAAACAGAGCAGCACCACCCACUUCUUCAACUGUUAAUAAACAGCCUCCACCCGUAUUAAGAAGAGCUGAAAUUUAUCAAAAUCUUUCAAAACCCACUUCAAUUCCAGUUGUUAAUGAGUGCCAGAGUUCCCCAGAACGCCAUAACAAACUGCAAAAUAUAGUGGAUUUAGUGAUGUGGAGAGACAUAUCGAGAUCUGCAUUUGUCUUUGGAAUUGGCACAUUUAUCAUAAUCUCAUCUUCCUAUACAAAGGAUCUAAGUGUCAGCUUUAUUUCAGUAACGUCCUAUCUGGGUCUUGUUUAUCUUGCUCUUAUUUUCCUGUACAGAACACUUAUUUGCAGGGGAGUCAUAGAUAUAGAUGAUACAAGGUAUGUGGUGGGGGAAGAAGAAGCAGUUUGGUUACUAAAAUUAGUUCUGCCUUACUUGAAUGAGUGUUUAUUAAAAAUCAGAGCACUAUUCUCUGGUGAUCCUGCUACUACAAUGAAGAUGGCAGUACUGCUGUUUGUUUUUGCCAGGUGUGGCACCUCCAUUACCAUUUGGAAGAUGGCCAAAUUGGGAUUUUUUGGGGUAUUCACAGUGCCAAAAGUCUGCUCAUCGUACUCAACACAAUUAACAGCUUAUGGAAAAUUUUGGAUAAGAAGAUUCCGAGAUGCAUGGGAUUCAUGCUCGCACAAGAAAGCAGUAGCGUUGGCCAUAUUUACCCUCGUUUGGAACCUUUCUUCAAUGGUUGCACGUGUCUGGGCAGUGUUUAUGAUGUACGUGGCCGUCCGAUACUAUCAACAGUCAAUGGAGUUGGUAGAUGAUGAAGAUUGGGUGGUAGAGGAUGAUGAUGCAGGCGAUGAUGAAACGUUGAUUGGACAGAAACAAGGGGUUACCAGUGGGACCACUUCAGUUGGAGUAAAUAAAGUUAAAAAGUGGGCCUAAAAAAUAGUUUAAAUUAUUAUUACUCGUGUAAUAUGGCUGAGGAGGUGUGAUAGGAAAUAAUGUCAAUUAUUGUAAUAAUAAUUAUUUAUUUAUUUUAAUCUUCUCAAUUGAUAUAGUUAUUACUGUGAA